GUUCCCUUCCGGGUUGCGCGCCCGCGCCACUAGUGCCCUCGCCCCGGCCUGGGCCGGCGCCAUGGCCGGGGCAGGCGGGCGAGGACGCCGCCGCCACCACCGUUUUGUCCCCGGUGCUGGGUGGCGGCUGCUGGGAGGGCGCUGAGGAGCUAGUGAGGGGGUGGGCGGGCAUGGCCUCCCCGCCUGGCGGCGAGGAGCAGGCUCUGCGGCAGCAGGUGACGGCGCUGGAGACGGCGCUGGAGACCUGCCGCGAGCAGCUGGAGCGGGCCCACCGCCGGCUGCGCCGCACCGAGCGCCUCUACCAGGAUGCGCGGGAGAGCGGCGAGGAGUUGAGGAGACAGGUUGAAGAGCUCACUAAGGAGAUCUAUAACAUGAAGAACAAAGACAUGCGUAGUGUAGAAUUACAGACAGAGGGCUACGCUGCGUGGCCACAAGCAGAUUAUUACUACCAUGAAAAUUAUUACAAACACACUGGUAUGCAGGACUGUGCAUCUGAAGUAUCAGUGCAGCACAAUGAUGUCACUGAAGGCACUGAGCACAAUUCCACAGAGGAAUUGCAGACAGAUGCUAGUAUUCCUUUAAGGAUGGGUAGCACCAAAGUUGCUGAAGGUGGACAAGAGGAAAACUUCGUCCAGAAUUUGCAGGAAGCAGAAGAUAGUUCAGUAGUAGAGGGUUCUUUGGCAGAGAGCUUGAGAGCUGCUGCAGAAGCUGCUGUUUCACAAACCGGAUUUACUUAUGAUGAAAAUACAGGACUGUAUUAUGACCAUAGCACUGGAUUCUACUAUAAUUCGGAAAAUCAACUGCAUUAUGAUCCAGCAACUGGAAUUUAUUACUACUGUGAUGUGGAAAGUGGCCGAUACCAGUUUCAUUCACAGGUGGAUCUACAGUCUUAUCAGGCCUCUAGUACUCAGCACACCAAGGAUAAAAAAGGGAAAAAGAAGAGAAAAGAACCGCAGCGGAUUGCAAGUGAAUAUAAGGAUUUGGACACAGAAGAGCAGAAAUCAUCUGACAGCCUGAAUUGUUCUUUCACUACUGAGCAAGUAAGUUCUACUGAAGAAGAGGAGUAUCUAAAUGUAAGAAAGAAGACAAAAAUGGACACAAAACCACAAAACAAUCUAACAGCCAAAGAAUCAAUUUCUACAGACAGCGUAAGUUCACAUUCAUGCAAAAGUACACCAGAUACAGUAGCAUACACAGAUGACAGUAGAACAGCAGACACAGAGAGUGAUCCAGAGGAAGGUGAAAUUACAGAUUCUGAGUGUGAAGCUUACAGCACUGAGGAUGAAGUAACAAGUGAAGAAACUACUGAUUCAGAAGACUUGGAAGAUGAAGAUGAAGAAAAGAUCUGGCCUCCUUGUAUCAGAGUAAUUGUAGUAAGAUCACCAGUUCUGCAGACUGGAUCACUUUAUAUAAUCACUGCUGUGAAACCUGCCACAAUUGGGAGAGAAAAAGAUGUUGGACACACACUUGAGAUUCCUGAAGUUGGAGUCAGUAAGUUCCAUGCAGAAGUGUAUUUUGACCAUGAUUUGCAAAAUUACGUUCUUGUGGAUCAAGGCAGUCAGAAUGGAACAGUUGUUAAUGGAAAUCAUAUUCUCCAGCCUAAAAGAAAAUGUGAUCCCUACAUCUUGGAGCAUGGAGAUGAAGUGAAGAUUGGUGAAACUGUGCUUUCUUUUCAUAUACAUCCUGGCAGUGAUACUUGUGAUGGAUGUGAACCAGGACAAGUCAGAGCACAUCUUCGCCUGGACAGGAAAACUGAAUCUUCUGUUUGCCCAGCACUUAGCAAAGAAGAAAGAGAGACAGUCAGAAGAAAAGCAUUAAAACAAAUCCGGGUAAAAUAUGGUUUACAGAACACAGAGUAUGAAGACAACAAAGCAGUGAAGAAUCCAAAGUACAAAGAUAGAGCAGGCAAACGCAGAGAGACCAUUGGAAGUGAAGGAACCUUCCAGAGAGAUGACAGUCCAGCUUCUGUUCAUGUUGAAAUUGGCAACAGCAACAAAGGACGUAAAAUGAUGGAGAAGAUGGGAUGGAAGACAGGGGAAGGCCUGGGCAAAGAUGGUGGUGGUAUGAAGGAUCCGAUCCACCCUCAGUUACAUAAAACGCAUGCAGGUUUGGGUAGCAGCAGACCAGCCUCCAUUGAAGAUGUUCAGAUCAUCCAGAGCAAGAAUAAAAAGAACUGGGAUAAAGCAAGAAAAAGGUUUGCUGAAAACUUCCAACAACCUAAAUCACAACAGAAUACACCUAAGAUUACACCUUGGGUUAGAGGGACUGUACAGUGAAGUAUCGGAUACCACAGCAGGGUAACUCCCAUGUGUAAAUAGUUGGGAGAGAAUUUAUUUUUAUUCUUUUUUCUUUUGCUCAAGCAGAAGUGAUCUGGUGAUAGGUAAAAUACAGAAAAAAAAACUAUACAAGAUUAACUCUACUAUGUUAAUUGGUCUUCUGCAGUCUUCAUGCUUUUAUAAAAACACAUUUUUAAUAAAUAAAUGGAAUUUAGAGGGAUAUUCAAAUUUAAGUACUUGAAAGUGAUUCUCCUCAGCAGCAGGAAGUUUCAGUUAUGUGUUUAACACCAUUCUUCAUCGAAAGUCAAACUGUUAACAACAAACAAAAACAUCCGUUAAAUUGAAAUAUGAUACCUUUAACAUUCAAACACUGGUUUAAAAGCAAGCUGAAACAAAAGAAAAAGAAAACCCCUUGGACCCCUUCUAACUGCCUCUUUCUUCCUUGUAUGUUUAUUCAUGAUUGCUAUGAAAUGCUCAGCAAGAGUUACACCACUCUUUAAAUGUAUACAGUUCAGUACUAGUCACAUGUCUCAGCUUCCCUUAAGGGGGGAAAAAACUUGUUUCUAAAUGAUUCAUUGGUACUGUUCAAAAAUAAAUACCGUACUCUAUAAAAUAAACUAUCAGCAUUGGUGAAGAAAACAAUGUUCAAAGACGGCUUGUAGCAAAAUUUUCUUCUGUGAACAACUUGCCUGACACUUGUUUAGUAAAUCUGUAUCAUGCCUUUAAAAGAGAAAGUAUGUUUAGAAAACUGCUGUCUGUGUGUAUUAUUUAUUAACUUUUUGUUCUGAUACAUCCAUUGCUGGCAAUGGAAGUUGCAUCAGAAAAAAAAAAAGUUGAAUUUUUGGUGGGGAAGGAUUGCCAAGCUGAAGCUGGGUAUUUAUUGAAUAUUCCUAAACACAAUAAGUCAUUGUCCAUUUAAGUAGUGUGCUUUUUGAUACUAUCUUACGUAUAUGCUGGAUCGGAGUGCUCUUCCAAAAUAAGAAAAACUUAAUUCCAUUGAUACUUCUCCAAGUAAGGGAAGCUUGGUAGUCUCACCAUCCUACUGGAUCAUGCACCAACUUGUCAAGCACUGUUCAGUAAAACCAGGACAAGUUCCUAGCUAUUUAUCUUAAUACAUCUUUAGACACAUACAAUAGAAAGCAAAUUAUUCAAUCUAUGUUAUUAAAUCAUUAAGCACACUAAGUUUAACAACCUGAAGCAUGUCUUACUUCAGCAGUAUAAAGCUGAAGAUGACAGUUACAAGCAUUCUGAAUGUCUGCAGCAGUAUUGUUUAAUUAAAAUCAGUUCACUGUUUGCAUUUGUAAGCAGUUACUUUGUUUUUACUGUUUUAGUGAUAGUUAUGAAUUAUUGGAUUAAUUUGCUGUUGCAUUCCUUUAUAUUGACAACUUCACAUUUUCAGAGGCUACCUAUUUCUAGCUGUGAAAAAAAAAAUUGUUCUGUAUGAAAUAGCUACAUGCUAAGUUUCUGUUCACCAUAUACAUAAAAAGGCACUUCAGCAACUAGGAGGGAAAAAAAACCUGUAUGCUAACAGAAAGUUUUUGCCUUUUUUUUUUUUUCCUUCCACAAAAGUUGACCUUUGUGGUCUUCACAGUAAAUCAAACUACAAAUCUUUACCUAAAUGGAGAGCAAGACAUCUUGUACAUACUUCAGGAGGAAGCUUUCCCUCUCCCCAGUUAUUCAAAUAACAGCUCUAAGAAAAGUCAAUCACUGGUUUAUUGUUACCUUCCAA